AUGGUUAGUAGAAGGAGGCCACCUCAUGUGUAUUUACCAAUUUCAGCCGUUACGCACAUGACAGAUUAUAUAUCAACGUGUCAAAUAUUAAGAGCAGCUGGUAGGAUAGAUCCUGAUCCUAACAAGUGGUUACCAAACUACAAAUUGAUAGGUGUUAAACACGAUGAUUUAUUAUCCUUAGAUAAUGAAUUUAGCCCGAGAAAAAAUAUAAAAGUACGUGUAUUUGAUAUGGAUCAUUCUGUGCCAUGCUGUGGUUAUGGUUUCUACGAAUGUCGACAAAAACUAAAGAAAGAGUUUCAACAUUUAAGUGGUAAAGAUAUUGGAAUGUUAAGAAAAACAAAUGGUGUGGAAGUAACGGAGGAGGUGAUGAUACCGUUGUUUGCUUUUAUGGGCGAUACAACAGCUGUAAUUUUCAAUGAAUAUGGAAAAGAACUUUUACAAUUUCCUGUAAUUAUUGUUGAAUGUUCAUUCAUUGAUAAUGAUCUACACGGUGAAAGAGCUGCUGAUGUCAAACAUAUUAUAUGGGAUGAAUUACAACCAUUUGUUUUACAACAUCCAAAUACUAUUUUCGUAUUAAUUCACUUUUCACAACAAUACAAAUGUGAACAAAUUAAACAGUUUUUUCAAAAGUUGAAUCUACCGAAUGUUGUACCGUUUCUUUAA